UUACACGCACAACACACACUGAAAUCUGUGAUUACAAUAAUCUUUUGUAAAGCUAAAACUAACCCACCAAUAUUUGACGCAUGUAAUUAUGCUCUCUCACUCCUACACAAAUACAUACAUAUAUAUUUCUCUCUCUACAGUCCAUCCUUAUAUAUAUCUCUCUCUCUCUCUCUCUCCUCUCUCUCUCUUUCUCUCUCAUAACGGGUUUGCCGUCGUCGCGGGCGCAAUCUCCGUCAUCGUAAUAUAAUUUACAGCCUUUUUGUCUGGAGAUCAAAGAAGUUGCUGCCACAAUAGGGAUCGGCGUUUUUCUCGUCCUGUCUAUUAGAUUAAUUCCACCUCUCGAUUUGUGAUGAGAAUUUCUCGGUGGAAUUAAAUUAAUGAUCGUAGUUUUUCCGCAAUGGGGUACUUGAACAUGAACAUGGAGAAGAAAUGGGUGUUCCCCCUCGUAAUAAGUUCGUUAGUGUUUGUUUUUCUUCUUGCCACCUCGUUCAAUAUGGGGCUCGUUUCCUCGUUGAACACAAUCAAUUCCAUUUUCCCGAUUUUCCGGUCUCGUGCUGUAGCAAACGAAUCGGACCCUAAUUUUGCCGAGGCGAAAAUGAAUCAAGUUCCGCCACCUCCCUCUCCGCCUCCACUUCCGAAAUUUGCUUAUUUGAUUUCUGGUUCAAGGGGUGAUUUGGAGAAGCUGUGGAGGACACUGCAUGCAAUGUACCAUCCUUGGAAUUAUUAUGUAGUUCAUCUCGAUCUUGAAUCUCCAUUAGAGGAGAGAUUGGAGCUCGCUUCGAGGGUGGAUAAUCACUCUGUUUUUGCCAAAGUUGGGAAUGUUUACGUGAACAACAAAUCGAAUAUGGUUACUUAUAGAGGGCCCACCAUGGUUGCUAACACUCUCCACUCGUGUGCGAUUCUCUUGAAGAGGCAUAAAGAUUGGGAUUGGUUUAUCAAUCUUAGUGCUUCCGAUUAUCCUUUGGUCACUCAAGAUGAUCUUCUGUACACAUUCUCCGAUUUGAAAAGAGAUUUCAAUUUCAUCGAACACACUAGCGACUUAGGCUGGAAAGCUACUCAAAGGGGAAUGCCGUUGAUAAUAGAUCCCGGACUCUACCAGACAACAAAGUCCGACAUAUUCUGGGUCAGACCUAAUAGAAAUUUACCAACAGCAUUCAAAUUGUUUACCGGUUCAGCUUGGAUGAUCUUAUCGAGAGCAUUUGUCGAGUACUGCAUAUGGGGUUGGGAUAAUCUCCCAAGAACCCUACUAAUGUACUACUCGAAUUUCCUAUCCUCACCCGAAGGUUACUUUCAGACGGUUAUAUGCAACGCUCAAGAAUUUGUUCCGACAGUUGUCAACCAUGACAUGCACUACAUCUCGUGGGACAAUCCACCGAAGCAACACCCGCACAUACUGUCGCUCAACGACACUGAUAAAAUGAUCGAGAGUGGGGCCGCCUUCGCUCGUAAGUUCAGACAAGACACUCCCAUUUUGGAUCAAAUCGACAAAGAUUUGCUCGGUAGGAAAAACGGGAGCUUCACACCUGGCGGUUGGUGUUCUGGCAAACCGCGUUGUACGAAGGUGAAAAACCCUACACAGCUUAGACCGGGGCCCGGUGCCGAGAGGCUUCGGAAUCUUAUAGGUAAGUUAGUUUCGUCGCCCGAUUUCAGUCAAAGUCAAUGUAGCUAGUUUUAAAUUUUUAUAAUUCUUGAUUGACUAGAGGGAAAAGAAAGGGAGAGGGGGGGUGGAAAAAAGGGGCAGAAAAUUAAAUAAGGCACUUGUGUUGUUGCAUGUAAACAUUAUGCUCUAAUGAUUGGCCCUGUUCUAUAGCUUUUUGUUUUUUUGGAUAUACAUAUAUAAUGGUUAUAAAAGUUGAGUUUACAUUUUUA